GGGAGGGGGGAGCAUGAAGCUGCAGUGCAUUGUGGGAUAACAGGAAGCAUCUGCUGCAGACAGGGCGACAUGUCACAGUGCAGGUAAUGUGGCUCUGCUCGUGUUUGUGGAUUCCUAUAUAAAUGAGCAGCUGUACUUACCAUGGAGAGGGAAGUGGUAGCUAAGAUGGCAGCGUCCACGGACGGGCAGACUAAAUAUGGGCAGUCAGUAAAAGGGCUCCUCACCGAGAAGGUCAGUACGUGCGGUGCUGAUGUUAUCGCUCUCACCAAGCAAGUGCUGAAAGGAUCACGCAGCUCUGAGCUCCUUGGUCAUGCAGCAAGAAACAUGGUCAUGCAAGAAGAUGCCAUUUUACAUUCAGAAGAUUGUCCUCUCUUUAUGAUCCAAUUCCUGGCUUUGGCUUCAAAAGCUGCAUCAAAACUCCUGAACGUGGAAACCCAGCUUGAGAGCCUGAGAAAAAUGGCAAUUAUAACAACUCAUCUACAGUAUCAACAAGAAGCCAUCCAGAAGAACGUUGAGCAGUCAUCCAAUCUUCAGGAUCAGUUGAAGCAUCUGUUAAAGUGAGAAGAACGCAAUUUCCUCCGGACUAAAAUCCUGAAUACUACAAGUCUGAAGGGCACUGAAUGCUGUUGUGUUUGCCCGCUGUCGGACGGCUCUCUUAGUUGUUCCAGAAGAAACCUAUACUUGAAGUUGCUUUUGUAAUUCCCAGUUUCUAGCACUGUAGGGCGGGUUUGUCAAUGUCCGACAAGUGUAGCUCUUGGUCAAGGUGGUGCAGCAUAAAGCCGUAGCAUUACCACACUGCGGUGAAACUGCAUGCGUUUUGCAGUGACGGUUAAACUUACAGAUUUUCAGCGUUGCAGUAAUGGUCUGGUUCUGUGCCCCGCCGCCAUUGCUGACCCUUGUCCAUAUACUCUCAUGAGCCUGAAAACUGUCACAGGGUCGAAAUUUAUCAGACAGCUGAGACAUUUUGUGAAGUCCAUAUUGCACCGUAUGUCUCAAUGUUUACAGGGAGAACAUGUAUCGCAGGUCAGGCUUGCGGUUUAUUCAUACGUGGUGCAGCUGGGACCUGCGCUGUUAGUGCAGUGCAGCAAACUGAAGUUAAAGAGGACCUGUCCCCUCUCCUGACAUGUCUGUUUUAGUAACUACUUGCAUUCCCCAUGUAAUAACAAUUCUGGAGCAUCUGUUCUUAUAAAUCGAUGUUGUGCCAUUCCUCUGUUAUUCCCACUAGAUGUAUAUAUAUCUUGGUGUCACCAGAUGGGGGCAUGUCCCUGCACAAUCUGACACUAUCCAAUCCGUGCGUCCAAUGGCAGACUGUGCAGGGACACCCCCCCCAGCUGGUGACGCUCAAUAUUCCUAAACAUUUAGUGGGAAUAAUAAAGGAGUGGCGCAACACAAAGUCAUAUGAAUAGAUUAUUACAUGGAGAAUGCAAGUAAUUACUAAAACAGACAUGUCAGGAGAGGCAACAGGUCCUCUUUAAAUGCAUGAGGUUCUUGCAGUAGUUUUACCACACACAUAUUUACACCACAGACUGCAGCUAUGGAAGAUCCUUAAAGGGGUUUUCCAAGUUAUAUAAAAACUCAGGCAACCCCUGAAAGUGGCCUAAAAUAAAAAAAUAAAUGGAUGCUCGCCUAUUUUCUCCUCUCCUGCUUCCUGCGCUGUGCACCGCUGCUAUUCGUUUUUCUAGCUGAAGCAGUGACUUUCUGUGCACACAGGUCAAUGCACACAGCAGGGACACUAGUCGCCACUGCAGCCAAUCACUGGCCUCAGCACAGAAGUCCUGUGCACUGCUGAGGCCAAUUGGCUGCAGUGGCGACUAGGGCACGGAACGUCACUGCAGCAGCCAAGAAGAUGAUGUCAGCAGCGGGGGGGGGGGGACCAGAGCGCAGUGCAGAAAGAAGAAACAGAGGAAACAGGCGAGUAUGCAUUGUUUUUUUUUAUUUAAUUUUAAGCCUUUUUUUUUUUAUGACUUAACCCCUUAAUAUACUUACCUGCGGUUUGCCAUGGUGCAGCAAUGCUUUGGCUCUGUGCGAAUAAACCAGACAUUCAUCAAGUUUAAUAAACAUAUUAUAGCCAUGGUCAGACGAAUGAGAAUACAGAAUGCAUUCCUCAUUACCGGUGAAUCUUCCCCAGUGGUCUGUGAUAUUAUUUAUUAGGAUUUUUCAUGCUAAUCUACUUCAUCGCUGUAAAAUUCAUUGUGUGUUUUGUACAAUAUGAAGGUAUGUUAUCCUUUUUAUAACGGCAUUGUUUCUUCUGUCUCUAAUAAAUGGCGUUGGUAAUAAUGAAGCAAAACAUUGCUCAUCUGAACUUUACAGUAAGUCAGCAGAUUUUAGUUGGCUUUUU